UGGCGCUCGUUUUCUCCUCCCCUUCCCUUCGGGGAGCCAGGGCUGAGCGCCGGGCUUGGGGCGCCCCCUCGCCCCCGGCUGCCGCGCCGUUAGCUUCGGGGCGGGAAUAGAGGAGGAGGAAGGAGAGGAAGAGGUGGGGGAGGGAGCCGGGGCGCCAGAGGGCCCUCCACCCCCCCACCCGCAGCCCCUGCCACCGCCGCGGCCGCCGCGGGUCCCGGGGCUCCGCCAGCUCCGCGCCGCCGCCCGCACUAUGCAUGCGGACCGCAGGCCGGGAUGGAGAGCCGGGGAACGGUGAUGGAUGUGGACACACUGUAUUAGGUCCUGAAAGUGGAACUUUUACAUCAAUAAACUACCCACAUACCUAUCCUAACAGCACAGUUUGUGAGUGGGAGAUCCGUGUGAAGGCAGGGGAGAGAGUACACAUCAAAUUUGGUGAUUUUGACAUAGAAGAUUCAGAUUCUUGUCACUUUAAUUAUUUGAGAGUUUACAAUGGAAUUGGACUCCGCAGGACUGAGAUAGGCAAAUACUGUGGUCUGGGAUUACAACUGAACCAUUCGAUUGAAUCAAAAAGCAAUGAAAUGACAGUGCUAUUCAUGAGUGGAACCCAUGUUUCUGGGCGUGGAUUUUUGGCUUCCUAUUCAAUUAUAGAUAAACCAGAUCUAAUUACUUGUUUAGAUACUGCAGCUAAUUUUUUGGAGCCUGAGUUCAGUAAAUACUGUCCAGCAGGCUGCCUCGUUCCUUUUGCUGAGAUUUCUGGAACUAUUCCUCAUGGAUAUAGAGAUUCAUCCUCACUUUGUAUGGCUGGUAUACAUGCAGGAGUUGUGUCAAAUAAUUUGGGUGGCCAGAUCAGUGUGGUAAUCAGCAAAGGUAUACCAUACUAUGAAAGUUCUUUGGCUAAUAACGUCACAUCCGUAGUGGGACAGUUGUCUUCAAGUCUGUUUACUUUUAAAACGAGUGGCUGUUAUGGAACACUGGGAAUGGAAUCUGGAGUUAUCCCCGAUUUUCAGAUAACAGCAUCAUCUGUGUGGGUUGACUAUUACACAAAGCAGCCAAAUAGUUGGAAACCUGAAAAGGCCAGACUGAAAAAACCUGGAAUUUCUUGGGCUGCUAGUGAUACUAAUAAAUAUCAGUGGUUACAGAUAGAUAUGAAUAAGGAAAAGAAAAUAACAGGCAUUAUAACCACAGGAUCCACUGUGGUAGAGCACAACUACUAUGUGUCUGCUUAUAGAAUCCUCUAUAGUGAUGAUGCACAGAAGUGGACAGCAUACAGAGAACCUGGUAUUGAACAGGAUAAGGUAUUUCAAGGAAACACAGACUACCACCAGGAUGUACGCAAUAAUUUCAUCCCACCUAUUAUAGCGCGUUUUGUUAGAAUAUAUCCCGUAGAGUGGCACCUGAAAAUUGCAAUGAAAGUGGAAUUGCUUGGAUGUCAGUUUAUUCCUAUAGGUCGAGUUCCAAAACUAACUCAGCCACCAGUUUCCCGAAACAACAAUGACAUAAGAAAUACUACGGUCAUUUCACAUGUAGCCAAAGGUCGUGCUCCAAAAUUCAAUCGACCACCACCACCUCGGCAUGGCAUUAACUACCCUCCGAAGACUGAUCAGACAACAGUGACUCCAGAUAUCAAAAACACUACAGUAACUCCAAAUUUAACCAAAGAUGUAGCAUUGGCUGCUGUCCUAGUUCCUGUUCUGGUCAUGGUUCUUACUACUCUUAUUCUCAUCUUAGUUUGUGGUUGGCAUUGGAGAAACAGAAAGAAAAAAACUGAAGGAACAUAUGAUUUACCUUAUUGGGAUCGCGCAGGUUGGUGGAAAGGAAUGAAGCAGUUUUUCCCAGCCAAAUCACUGGAACAUGAAGAAACACCUGUUCGUUAUAGCACCAGUGAAGUCAGUCACUUGAGACCAAGAGAAGUCACAUCUGUGUUACAGACUGAGACUGCAGAGUAUGCUCAGCCAUUAGUGGGAGGAAUUGUUGGCACGCUUCAUCAGAGAUCGACAUUUAAGCCAGAAGAAGGAAAGGAAGCCGGCUAUGCUGACCUCGAUCCUUACAAUUCCCCGGUGCCAGAAGUUUAUCACGCGUAUGCUGAACCGCUGCCCAUUACCGGGCCAGAAUACGCCACCCCCAUCAUCAUGGACAUGUCGGGACACCCUGCGGCCUCAGGCACAGCGCCCUCCACCUCCACCUUCAAGGCCUCAGGGAACAAAGCCCCCACGGGAGUGGGGACGUACAGCAAGCUCUCUCGGACUGACGGCUGCCCUCCGACACAUGCAGAGUACGACACGCCAAAGGGAGGGAAACCGGGACUGAGUGCCCCGGAGGAAAUGAUGUACCAGGUACCGCAGGGCACCCUCCACACAGCCGGAAGCAAAGGGGAAGCGUCUGGGGCGGCCAGGGAAGGAGAAGGGGACGUUCUUAAAGAAAUCCUUUGAAGGUGAUGCCCCUUUUCCAGAGCAUUGUUUUUAAAGCACAUUGAAAUUUUUGUACAAGUCAUGAUAAUAUAUGAAAAAGUCUAUCAGUACCUAUCACUGAAUAGAUUGGGGGGAAAUACCAUAACUGAGGUACAGGAAACUACUAAUCUGGUUGUUUUGCUUUGGAGAUAUACAGCACACAAUUGUUGACGCUUCCCUGUUCUUGAUGUCAUAUCUUGUUUUGUUACUACUGUAAAAUGUGAUAUUCUUUAAGUCAUAAGAGAGCUUCUCAGAUGCACUUCAAAGAAUUUAAAAAUCACUGAGAUGAAAUAUUUAUUACUGAUGCUGCAGGUACAUUAACGAACUUAAAGUAAUGGCUCUAUAAGCCUUACUAGCAAUAAUUGCUAAUGGUACUGUUAUAAUGAAUGGCUUGAAGUUCUUAGGAUUUACACACAAAGGUGGAAAUGAUCAUGAUUUAGUUCCUUUCUAGAAAGUUCCCAUGUUAUCAUUUCUGUGUUUAUUUUUUUAAAUGUUAUAAUUCUGUAAUAUCCAUAAAUUACUUUUCAUACCUGUCCUGUAGAUUUAAAACUUUAGUGAGAAACUGACAGCUUUAAAAGCCUUUAAUGGCAGAUAGAAUCUAUCACUCAUUCUCACUGAUUUCUCCCCUUUCCCCUCCUCCCCCACAACCUCCUCUUCAUUUGGCCCAAAGCCGUGACUGUCGGUGUUCUUAGAGGCUUUCUUCUGAGCGUUCUCAGUGGGUACCGCUUGGGCAGCCUGAUGAGUAUAGACCCUGUCUGGCUUAACAACUGCUUUAUAGUUGAGAAAAGGUUUUCCCUCAUUCAGAGUUUCAGUACCAUCAGAAUGUUUGUCAAUGAAUCUGUGACUUUUUGGGAGAAGAGUAAAAGAUGGUGAAGAGAAAGUUAAUGGGACCCCAGUUGUUGUUUUCUCAGAAAUAUAUCAGCACAGACCACAACUCAGAAAUAGUACAUUUUAAGUUGUAGAGGAAUGUGUAUUUUUUGGAUUUUGGCAAGUCAGUAAACUCUUCCAUAGCUUCCCCCCACCUCCUUGUUUGAUCAGUGGUUCUAAAUGACUUGUGGUCUUAAAAAUGACUUAGAACUGCAACUCAGACAUUGAGAUACUUGGUAUAUUGAGAUAUAGAACUGUGUGUCACAUUUAAUUGGAUGCAAUUUUAUCUGAAUUGAUAUUUAUUGACAGUGUUUUUCUUUUCCCCCUUUGUAGCACAUGUUCUUUCCUUGAAGUCAAGGCUUACACUAGAGGAAAAACAGAAGUCAUUGUCGCAUUUUAUUAAGUUUUUAAUUUUUUUUUUUUUUUUUUUUGACCAGCAGAAUGGCUUGGUAAAAGUAGGAAAAAGCCACCAUUUCUUUCCAUCUGUCUCUCACGUGAGUCCUGUUCUGAUUCAGCUUUUGGAUUUAAUCACGUUCUUAUCACAUCUUUGUUCACAGACCAGUGAAGCUGCAUAGUAUUUUUUUUUUUUUUUUUAACAUUUCCAGAUAUUUAAGCAGUGGAAUUGUGGGUACUAGAGAUUUUGUUUUGGCAUAGUAGCCUGACUUUCAGCUCUGCCUGACAUGUGACCCUAGAUAAGUCACUUAGCAUUUUUGUUUAGUUGUAGUUCCCUGGCUCCAAACAACACUAAGAUUUUAAAGAUACAAGUUGCCAUCUCAUUGGCCCCAGCAAGUUUAUUUACCACAAAUUUACCAGCUUAUACAGAUGAAAUCAUAGGUCCAGACCAAAAAAGUUUUUUAAAAAGGAUGUUGUAUGUCACUUGUUCUAUAAUUAAAAGUUUCCUUUCCUGUGUUAGCUUUACUUAUAAGUGAUGAUUAUAACAGAAAACAUGAGGAAAAAUUAUUUAUUUUUAACUUGAGGUACCAAAAUAUAGCUUGGGGAUAUUUAGAAUAGAAAGCACAGAUAUUGGUAAACAUAACUGAAUUAAGUCGUCCCUUUUCAGGCAGAAAAGAUGAAUGUAUCACAACUUAAUCCUUUCUCUUGUGGAUAAAGAGGAGAGACUCAGUUCUGGAACUGUGCAAAUAAUAAAACCUUUUAGGGUUACAUUUUGAGCUGUUAAAUUUGUCAUGUUUUUCCUUGUAGUGAGAUAUACACUUGAUUUUUUUCUAAUUGUUUUAUUUUCUUUAAAAGCUUACAGGGAAACAAAUGAACUGUUUUUUUAUAUGAUACAGAUUUUAAGACUUUUAUAUUGGAAAUUUUUAACAAUUUGAUUGAUGUUUGCCAGUUGGCUGUCCUCAUAAUAACUAUAAGAUGAUUAUCUAAUGUCUCCUUAGUUUGUGAUGAAACACUUUUUGAAUUUUUUUGGUUAUUAUUCAAGAGCUGGGUUGACUUGACUUGAUCCAAAACUUUCUGGGGGAAGUAUGGAGGUUGCAGGGGUUAUAAGUUUUUGUUAGAUAAUUAAUUUAUGUAAUUUCAUAAUGGAUUGUCCCAACUUUGUGUGUUUGUUACGUAGCUACAUCUAUAUGUGGCUUGGAGACAAUCAAACACCAUUUUUAGCCAGACACCUUUUGGAUUUCUUGUUCAAUGUUUAUUUAUAAGUUUUAAAUACUUAAAUAUUGUUUUGUUUGAAUGUCACAUUUCCAUGGAGACCAAGACUGUGUGAAUAUAAUCAUAAGCCUAGAAUCUAGUUAACUACUAGAAUAGUAAAUGUUGGUCUGUUUAACAUAGCCACAUUGACUUAGCUGUUACUUGAUCUUUUGAGAACCAGCAAGAUGAAAGCCAAAAUUUUAUAAAUUCUAUUUAGUGCUAUACAUUCACAUAGAUCCCAUUCUUUAUACAGGGUCUAAUCCAAUUAAUUCCUCAUUUCACUAUUUGCACUUUUCAUUUUAAAAUGGGUUAACUAAAGAAAGUCUUCAAAUAAAGAAUUUGACAGAAGUGAGAAGUCUAAGAAAAGGGUUAUGUCAGUGCUUUGAUUUUUCUGCUAAGAGGUAAAAGAAUGAUUAAAAAUUAAGUCCCACUGUCUUGCCUGAAUACUCAAAUUAUGUGGAAACAAAGAACUGUCUAGAAGGAAAAUGGGGCACUCUAUAAAUGGGUUGGUAAAAUUGAGAGAAUUAGUGAGACAUGAAGUCGCUGAAGCAAUACCCCAAGCUAGAUAGUUCUGUUCUUGUCUUUAGUCUGGCUCCAACGUGAAAUCCUAAAUUGCGACAGUCUAAGAAUUGGAUGCCAGUACCUUGGUGGCAGAGCAGUAUUUAAGCCAGCUUCAGCACCAUUUCCUGUUAGUUUUAUUUGCCAUGUAAUAUUUUUUUCUUUUGACACUGGGAAAGUGGAAGCAAAAUUUUCAUUGAAAUAUUUUUUUGGGGAAUGAGAAUGGUUUGAAGAUUAGUGACAAUUCUCCCAGAAUGUACUUUUCUUACCUCAGCAUGGAAUUGUAGUCACUCUGUAUUUGUAUAUGUUGCUAGAAUUUAGAUUGUAUAAAUAGAAUUCUAUGUGUCCAUGUUGUUUUUAAUAAAUUAUAUAAAUACCAUGCUCAA